CGGAGCUCAGCCAAUCGGAACCGAGAAGGGCGGGGUUGGACUCCGGGAAGGGGCGCUCUCAGGGAAGUAAACCGCGUUGCAAGCGCGUCUUUCAGCCUCACCUGCCUCUGCAUCUGCCCUGCACCUGCAGCUUCGCCCUUCCCCAGUAGGGCUGACGCUGACUAGAAGGGUGACGGGGGACGCCUGCUCGCGUCGUCAUGGCCUACCCGGGAUACGGAGGAGCGUUUGGAAGUUUUAGUGGUCAGAUGCCAGGAAUGCAGAUGCAAAUGGGACAGCCAGUGCCAGGAACAGGGCCAAACCUACUGCGUGGUGGAUACCCAGCAUAUUCUGAUAGUUAUUCCUCAGUGGGAGACCCCAUGUGGACAUACUUCACUGCUGUUGCUGGACAGGAUGGUGAAGUGGAUGCUGAGGAACUUCAGAAAUGUUUGACACAGUCUGGAAUUAAUGGAACUUAUUCUCGUGAGAUCAUCCCCCCCCCCCUUUUAAAAUACUUUUUAAAAUCUUUUUAUCACAGUU